UUUUUGUAGUGUUUGGGGAAUUUGACUUUAUGUGUUUUUAAAUACUGAUGAAGAUGCUCACCAAUCAAACUGAGAGGAACAACACUGCUGAGCUGCAGCGUGAGGGUCUCCUAUUGGUGGUGUUGUCUUCUGUUGUGACAACUCUGCCCUGCUCUGUGUUUCUCUUCAUUAAUCUAACCGCUUUAUACACCCUGAGAAGUAAAGAGGUGUUUCGAGAGACAGCUCGCUACAUUCUUCUGUUUAACCUGCUGCUUGCAGACACACUGCAGAUGGUAACGAGUCAGUGGCUGUUUCUCCUGUCUCUCGGUAGAGUAACUCUGUUGUAUCCCAUCUGUGCCUCUGCGUUAGCAUUUUAUUCUCUUCUUCAUAGAAUUUCUUCAAUAAUUCUGGUGAUUAUGUGUUUAGAGAGAUACAUAGCAGUUUGCUAUCCUCUCAGACACAAUGCCAUCGUCACCACCAGAAACACCACCAUGGUCAUUUGGGUCGUUUGGACUUUCAUUUUGCUAAAUGUUGCAAUUCAAAUAAUUCUAAUGUUCGUGUUUUUAUCAGAAGAACAGCAAGUAAUGCAGAUGGCAGACUAUUGUGGAAAAGGGGAUACGUUUACUGCUCCAGCAUCUGACAUUUACGACAAAGUCUCGACCUACUCCCUGUUUGUGCUCGGAGGUGUAACGGUCAUUUUCUGCUACACUGGUAUCAUUGUAGCAGCUCGUUCUGCUGCCACAGAUAAAGAAUUAGCCAGCAAAGCCCAGAGGACUCUGCUGCUGCACCUGCUGCAAAUGGGCCUCACGGUGUUGUCAACAGUACACAAUGCAUUGAUAACACCCAUCUCCAAAAAUCUAGACAGAGUUAUUACUAUGCGCCUUCAGAUUUUUCUUUAUGUUUCUGUGUCUAUUCUUCCUAAAUGUCUAAACUCCCUCAUUUAUGGUCUGAGAGACCAAACAAUCAGGCCGGUCCUCAUACUCAAUCUCAGCUGUCAGUGGAGAGGCUCAGUUUCAAUCCCUGUGGUUAGGAAUAAGAAAAACCCCAGAGUGCAUGUCACUUGACGGCUAUUAUUUCUAGUUUUAUUCUGAAAUUCAUCUAACUUGGGUAAAACAAGUUUUGUAAAUGUGGCACAGAAUUGUUUUCCACCUGUGAUGUGUUUGUGCCUUACUGUAUAUUGAACAUAAUAAUGACUGACAGCUGAUGGACUAAAAGGUUUUAUUUCUAUAGCAAGAUCCUGCUAUAGAAAUAAAACUAAUUUAUUAAACGUAUGUUUAAUGAUUAAACAUAUCCUGAAUUAAAGGAUACGUUGCUGAUUAUGUGCUGCUGGGUAACACAGUCGGCCUACAGAUGUGGAUGUGAGAUAUCCAUUAAAUAUUAUGUAAUUGGACUCCAUGUUAUGGCUGAUCAUCUAAAUCAGUGGAGCCAAACUCAUUUUCGUUUUGGACCACAUCAAGAUCAGGA